AUCUUUGGAUGCCUACUAGGUAGAUCUACUUUUUCUAUCCGCUACAUUGACCAAUCCUUCAAAACUUAGAGAUAUACGGCUCCACCGAAAGCGGCCCCCUUUAGAUGGAUGAGCUCGAUGAGCAUAGUAAUAAAUGAUUAACUUGAAGCAUCUCGAAUUUUCCAACCAUGGAUUUUCUUUACUCUAAUUUGAUUAUUCCCCAUGGUUUAAUUUACCAUCUUGCACCAGUGCCACCAACGACCAGGGACCAUCAAACGCUUCGUCAUCCUGUCCGAAUUCAUUCUCCAUCGUCUCCACCUUUCUCCUAUUCAUUCAGCUAUUUUCUCUCCCCAUUUCCCACCCAGACCUUCGUCCGACCUGUUCCAUCAAUCUAGAAUUCAUUCUUUAUUCUUCCCUCUCUUUUCAUUUCCUUGACACCUUCAUUUUUAAUCUUGCGUUCUUGGUCUGCAGUUGCAUUGCACUGAACUAUCUACGACACGAGCGAGUAUUUGUUGAUUGGGUAUCAUUACGAUAAGAAUCGCUUGCAUUUACAGGAAGUGAUUAGCGAAAACCAGGCGAUAAUCGCCAUUAGAGCCCGAAGACAGCCCCCAAAAAUGCCUCGGAUGCCUGUGCACCGCUUCCUCGCUGUUGCGACGGUAGCAUUUUUCCUCAUUUUAUCUUACUACCACGAGAACGUUUCCCAGACCAUCGUACCUGCAUUCAAGGAAACGUCAAAAGAAGAAAAUGCAGCACCACCAGAAAAGUCACAAGCAACUGCAAAACAAGUUGCUCAAACUCAUGAAACACAGCAAGCUCAAAUUGCACCGGUAGAAUUGAAUAUUACUGAUGUUGACGACGCUGCCUUUUUACGAGAUGUAUUGGCGAAGAACAAUGUCGAGAUGGAGAUCAACUACGUGAUGAGAACUAUACGAUAUGUUACAGAUGCGAAGGAAAGACCAAUGUUGACGAAUACCAGCCAAGAAUUGUUUCCUCAUGGGUGGAAGAAGAUUAAGCUCUCAGAUGUUGAGAGGCUACCAGCGGAUACAUUAGAGCCUUUGGAAAUUCAUGUCAUGAAAACUCCACGACCAGACGAAAUUGACGCUUCCGAGUUAUUGUUUGGAGUUUCAACCACCUACAAGAGAUUCAGUGACAAAGUUGAUGGGCCAGUCAAGGAAUGGGUACGAUGGCUUACAGAUGGAAAUGGCACAUCGAACGGAGCUGGACUUGUCUUACAAUUGCACGAUACCACCGAAGAGCAAUUGGCAGCUGCUCAAAAAUUGCUCACUGAUGUCGGAAUUGAUGCAACGGUCAUCCACUCGGAUCCUUCUCUCGAUAUGCCGGGUAGAUAUGUUGAUCUGGUACCAAUUCUUUACAGCCAUCCAUCAAGAUCAAGCAGAAAAUACUUGUCGUUGAUUGAUGACGAUACUUUCUUUCCCUCGCUUGGCGCAUUGAUGAAGGAAUUGCACAGUUAUGAUCCUAACGAGGAGUAUUAUAUCGGUACUCUCACCGAGCGCGUGGAUUUUAUCAUGCAUGAUCGUGUUCCCAUGGCUUACGGUGGAGCUGGUGUUUUUAUUACUGCCCCUCUCGCACACACUUUGAUUGGACUCCCCUGUCUCGACGUGGAUCCUUCCACAGGCGAAUACACCGAAUCUGGGUUCCAGGGCGAUCGACUCCUCUACCACUGUAUCAAGAACCAUACUUCAAUUACUCUGAACUACCUCCCCAGACUCAAUCAACUCGAUCAAUGGGGUGACCCAUCCGGUUUCUACGAAGCUGGUCAUCAACCCCUCUCUUUACAUCAUUACAAAUCUUGGCAUCAUGCUACUCCCGAGAUAUCUCACAUUGUUGCAGAUGCCUGUGGUGAAGCAUGCGUUUUCCAAAGAUUCGGUUUCGACGGAAAGGGAUCGUCAAAGUGGGUUCUCACAAACGGAUACUCUCUCGCCGAAUAUCCCACUGGUAUUCAUUGGGACAUGUCGAAGAUGGAAGGAACAUUCGAUCUCGGCGACUCAGAUAUGUGGGCUUCUGGAAAGGAAGAUGUGCGAUUAGCUUUUGCUUAUGGCGCUCUUCGUGAGGGAUUGAGUUAUACGGGAAAGAAGCGAGCGUGGGAGGCGCUUGGCGGAAGGAAAAGAGCAGACGGUGUGGUGGAUAUGGUUUAUGUCAAGAGGAGGGGUGACCAUAGGUGGGUUGGUCAACAUGAGAAUGAAGAAGAUAGGGAAAACGUCGUGGUUUUGAGAUUUAUGCCAUGAGUUUAUAUUCUAGGAGAGGGGCUAUUUGCUGUCUUCUCUAUUUCAAAUCUUUCUGGAUAUAGAUUUGCUGGAUUUAGGGGAUGUAUAUAUUCGUGUGUCAGCAGACAGUUACAUAGGGUUUCGUUACAUAUGGGCGUUAUUGGAUAAAAGGGAUACGGAUUAUCUGUGCAUUGAAUGCCAGCAGAUUCUGGCGGGCGUUUUGGAUAGAUUUUUUGAACUGAGAGAUGAGGACGGCGAAGGUUAUCUAUCUGAUUGCAUCGGAUAUAUGUGUAUAUGGCUGGAGAUCUACGGUGGAUAUUUAUGGAUGAGAUGAAAUUUUGGUUUAUAAAGAAAGAUAUAAAUAGAUAUACUAACUGAUGAUAAGUCGUAUAAUAGAAAUACCCUUGUGCAU